CGGCCUUUUCGCUGUGUUUUCGUAUGGCGAUGUUUUCAUGGCGUUGGUCUACCAAGGCAAACACAUCUGCAGCCCAACACGUGGACGCUCAUCUCGGGGCGAUCGAUGCCCGCAGUCAUCGACUGCAAAGCCUCUCCAUUAUUUGCAGUGUGCCGUCGUUGUUGAGCCAAAAAUUGCACUUGCCACGCGCUUCUUCCGUCCCAGAACGCAUUACCUGGGCCCCAGUAUGGCCAAGCAGACAGGGACCACGCCCUAUCUCGCGAGAAAGCUUUGUCGUCGCCCCGGGCAAUCUUCAAACGGUGUCAACGAGCGAAUCUAGGCGCCACAACCCGGCGGCACCAGCCAUCUGGGUCCUAUGGACCCACCUGUCGGCGGCGAAGCCGUGACCAGGAGUGCAAAACGCUUUGCAUUUAGCGUGACAAAAUUCAUCUAGGAGCGCAUCGCAAUGCUCGACGUGAAAGCGUGGCCCAGCCAGCCAUUCGCUCAGCCCCGUCUGCAGGCUUAGAAACCAAGCGGCAAGCGUUUCUAAUACGGUAUCAACAUUCAUGGUAUUUUUGGUUGGUACUUACCUUGCUCGCUACCUCGCCGCAGAAUUCGCUCACGUCCGCAUAUUGUGGGCCUAACGUCGAGCGGGUGUUUGAAAGCAGUUGGCACCGCAUGGACAGCCUCGAAUAACUCACUUUGUUCCGACCUGCCCUAGUUCAUCUUGAAGUGGCCGCCACGCCAUCUCCCCCACCCACUCCACCCCGCCUCAGCCUGAGCCUGAGCCGGCCUUCUUACUUUGAUAUCGGCGGGUGUGCGGCAAAAUACGUUCACCCUGCAUUUCGCACGUUGAACUGAACGAGUGUGUCUGCUGCUCUCUGCUCUGGAAAACUACUUCAAGUAGAUCGGUUACGAGAUCGCCCACAGCUACAUGUUGUUCCUGGAAUUUAGUACAUGUGUCGAAACUCUGUUGCUGACACAAUCAUAAGAGCUCACGACAAUUCUCAUUCACCGCAUUACUAGCUUCUAGUAACUAUAGUCUAGUUCGUCGUGCUUCGUUCAUGUUUCGGGGAGACUGAUGCCAAGACUGGCUGCCAUGAGGUAGCAUUGGAGCCUUUAAUCCGAAUAUGCAGCUGGAUUGUGUUAAACUUGGAUUCAAUAUUGGUGCGCAAAUGUAUCGCUAUCC